AUGUGCGAGCAUCGGGUGCGCCUCGGUGUCAACAUCACGCAAGGGCUGGGCGCCGGCGCCCGUGCCGACAUCGGCAAAGUGGCCGCAGAAGAAGCCCUCGACGACAUCCAGAGCUAUCUCGAGGGGAACAACAUGGUGUUCAUUGCCGCGGGCAUGGGCGGCGGCACCGGAACCGGCGCAGCGCCGGUGAUCGCGCGUGCCGCGCGCGAGCACGGCAUCCUGACGGUCGGCGUCGUCACCAAGCCGUUCCACUUCGAAGGAUCCCAGCGCAUGCGGAUCGCGGAGCACGGCAUUCAGGAGCUCCACCAGUAUGUGGACACGCUGAUCGUCAUCCCGAACCAGAACCUGUUCCGGGUGGCCAGCGAAGAGACCACCUUCGCAGACGCCUUCGGCAUGGCUGACGACGUGCUGCACGCAGGCGUGCGCGGCGUGACCGAUCUCAUGGUCAACCCCGGCCUCAUCAACCUCGAUUUCGCCGACGUCCGCACGGUGAUGGGCACCAUGGGCAAGGCGAUGAUGGGCACCGGGGAGGCCGAAGGCGAGAAUCGCGCCACGGAAGCGGCCGAGGCGGCGAUCAACAACCCGCUUCUCGACAAUGCGUCGAUCGAAGGGGCGCGCGGUGUUCUGAUUAACGUGACCGGCGGCACCGACGUCACGCUUCACGAGGUGGACGCGGCGGCCUCGCGCAUCUGCAAGCAGGUGGACGAGGAAGCCACCAUUAUCUUCGGCACCAGCCUCGAUCAGAAGAUGAACGGUCACAUGCGCGUCGCCGUGAUCGCCACCGGCAUCGACUCGGACGAGCUUCGUGCACCGGUGCCCGAGUCUACCGACAAUAUCCAUGUCCUCGGCUUCUCCGACCGCAAGGGGACGAGCAGCGGCGGCGGCGCAGUGUCGUCGGCAGAGCCUGAGGAGGAGGCAGUCGAUUCGGUGGUGGCACCGUCCUCCGCCGCCACCGGAACCGACGAGAACGAUAUCGUUAUCCCCGUCGCAGAGGCAGUCGCCGAAUCGGCCGCAGCCUUGGGCGGUGGCGGAGCGCAGUCCGCUCCGGCGGUCUCCGCCACACCGCGUCCGGCCACGACUUCGCGUGCUCACGCCCCUGCGUCGCCUAAGCCGCGGGCCAGGCAGGAGCACAGGGCGGUGGCGGCGAGUGCCUCCGGCGGCGUCGCCGCCCGGGCAACCGUCGCAAGCGCUGAAGCGAAGGCCCAGCGGCCCGCAGCGCGGUUCGGUCCUCCCGCAGCCAAGGCGCCCGAAGCCAGGAGACCCGAAGCCCGGGCACCCGAAGCUAGGACGCCCGAGCGGAAGGUCGCCCCACCGAUCGAGCGCCCGGCCCCUGCACCUCGUCACGCGGACGCAAACGAUGCGCCGUCGCCCGACAGACCCUCGCUCUUCGAGCGGAUGACCGGCACCGGGCGGGCGCGUCGGAACGGAGGCGAGGGCGACGGGCACCCUGCCACCGAGACACGGACGCUCAAGUCUGCCGAGCCUAAGUUCGGCGGCCCGCAAAAGAGAGAGCCGGAGGCGCGGCUUCGCACUGACUUGCCGCCGCGGACCACGACUGCGCCGACGCUGGGCAAGGAUGCGCCCAAAAUGACAGCAUCGGCACCCGCACCGGCACCGGCAGCGGCGAAGCCGCCCGAGCUGUUCCAUGACGGGCAUUCGCAGUCUGCGAGAGCGCCUGGAAGUACGAAUGACCCGCUCGAUAUACCGGCUUUUCUCCGUCGGCAGGCCAACUGA